CAAAAUAGUAAUAAAAGAUUUAUUUUAAAAUUAAAAAAUUUAGAAGGAGAGAGAAGGGAACGGCUUUGGCUUUGAAGAAAAGAAAAGAUAUUUUUGUUGGGCUUAAAGCGCUGCCUCUUGUCUGCGUGCACCAACAAAACAUUAGGGUUUCUCAGAUCUUUUUCUUCUUCUUCUAACCUCCGUCACGUCCUCUACUGCUACAGGGUUUUAUUUUUUGCGCUGAUUUGGAUUUUCAUUGGGAUUGCAAUUGAAAUUUCUGGGGUUCAAUUGUCGAGAAUUUUGAAAUUGGUUUCGAGGGUUAUAUCUGUUUUUUGAAGGCUGUUGGAGUGAUAAUUUUGUCCUAGUUGUAUCGACUAUGCGAACUUCAUGGGCAGAUUUGGCUGCAAAUUCUGCAGCUGAGAAUGUAACUUCUGGCUCUUCCGCUAGCAAUGCUGUUGCUGGCACGGCUGCUGCUCCUACUCGAUCCACCUAUGUCCCCCCACAUCUGCGUAACCGUCCUCCUUCAGCCGACCCACCUGCUCCAGCCUAUACUGGCCCGCCUGCCAAUGAUCGAGGUGGGUUCAGCGGAUCUCGCUGGGGUGGUCCCAGAAAUGACAAUAUUCGAUCUGGACCUGGCUAUGGUGGCAAUGGUGGUCACGGUGGUGGAUGGGGCAGCAGAAGUGGUGGUUGGGAUGGGAGGGUGCGAGAAGUGAACCCCUUUGGAGAAGAGGAAGAAACAGAGCAGCCAUUUAGUGAGCAAGAGAACAGUGGUAUUAACUUCGAUGCAUAUGAAGAUAUUCCGGUUGAGACAAGUGGUGAUAAUGUUCCGACCCCUGUGAAUACAUUUGCAGAUAUUGACUUGGGUGAUGCACUUAAUAAAAAUAUUCAGAGGUGCAAAUAUGUGAAACCAACACCUGUGCAGCGUCAUGCUAUUCCCAUCUCCCUUGCGGGCCGGGACUUGAUGGCAUGUGCCCAAACUGGUUCUGGAAAGACGGCUGCUUUCUGUUUCCCAAUCAUCAGUGGAAUUAUGACGGGACAACCUGCACAGAGACCGCCCCGUGGUGCACAUACAGUUUAUCCACUUGCUCUCAUUUUAUCUCCUACUAGGGAGCUUUCUAUUCAAAUUCAUGAGGAAGCUAGGAAAUUUUCAUAUCAAACAGGUGUUAGGGUGGUUGUUGCCUAUGGAGGAGCACCAAUUAACCAACAGCUGCGGGAACUUGAAAGAGGUGUUGAUAUUCUUGUGGCAACUCCUGGAAGAUUGGUGGAUUUGCUGGAGAGAGCUAGAGUUUCAUUGCAAAUGAUUAGGUAUUUAGCCCUAGAUGAGGCUGAUCGAAUGCUGGAUAUGGGUUUUGAACCACAAAUAAGGAAAAUUGUGGAACAAAUGGACAUGCCUCCACCAGGUGCACGACAGACUAUGCUGUUCAGUGCCACUUUUCCAAAGGAAAUACAGAGACUGGCCUCUGAUUUUCUUGCAAAGUACAUCUUUCUGGCAGUUGGAAGGGUGGGUUCUAGUACUGAUUUGAUUGUCCAAAGAGUGGAAUUUGUUCAUGAGUCUGAUAAAAGAAGUCACCUUAUGGACCUUCUUCAUGCACAGAGGGCCAAUGGCGUACAGGGCAAGCAAGCUCUGACAUUAGUUUUUGUGGAGACAAAGAAGGGAGCCGAUUCACUGGAACACUGGUUGUGUAUGAAUGGUUUUCCUGCAACUACUAUUCAUGGUGACAGAUCACAGCAGGAAAGAGAACAAGCAUUGAGGUCAUUUAAGAGCGGCAACACUCCAAUUUUGGUGGCUACUGAUGUGGCUGCACGUGGGCUUGACAUUCCUCAUGUUGCACAUGUUGUCAACUUUGAUCUUCCAAAUGACAUUGAUGAUUAUGUCCACCGCAUUGGUCGUACUGGACGAGCUGGGAAAUCUGGUUUAGCUACUGCCUUCUUUAAUGAGAACAAUUCAUCCCUUGCUAGGUCUUUAGCAGAUUUGAUGCAAGAAUCAAAUCAAGAAGUACCUGCUUGGCUGUCCCGGUACGCAGCUCGAUCUUCUUUUGGUGGUGGGAGGAACCGUCGUUCUGGGGGAGGUCGGUUUGGUGGCCGUGACUUCCGAAGGGAUACCUCUUUCAGUAGGGGUGGUUCUGAUUACUAUGGCGGAGGCAGCAGUGGUGGAUAUGGGGGUUCUUCUGGUGGUUAUAGUGGAGGUGGAGGAUAUGGUGGUCCUGGGAUGACCAGUGCAUGGGACUAACCACUAACUCUUGAAAGCAGUUACAGUGUCUCUAGGUAAUGGCUGCAGACUUCUUCCUUCUUUAUAAGGUCGUCAUAUUUUUGUUUUUGUAAUGUUUGGUUUAAGCCAUCAAAUGCUUUAUACUGUCGGAAGUGCUCAUCAAUGUUUUGAGGGAGGGGGGGACUUAUGUUUGGUAUUUGGCGCCACAGGAAUAGAGGUUUGUGUAAUGUUGGUAGGUGUCGAUUAAAAAUUACUAACAGAGUAGGGAUUACUUUGUCUUUUAAAAUUUUCUGUACGCUUUUUACAUACUCUGGCUUGUGAUUUUGGAUGGGUUGUAGAAUAUGUAGUGGGAGAGGGAGAGGGUUUCGUUUCGGCCGCAUCUUUGUGUAUCUCAUAGGCAUGUUCGUUUCAACCCGGUUUGUGGGGUUAUAGUGUUGAGAGGUUCUUCUGUUCCUGCCAUUUCUUCCUCCUUUUAAACAAAGGAGUUACGGAUAUCUAGGGCUUUUGUAAUAUUUUGGUUGCUGACUGAAAUGAAUACAAAGCCUUCUUGGAAA